AUGAAAUUGAUAAAUAAUAUGAAACUAUGUAUAUCUUUGCUUGUUUUAUUAUUUUUUGCUGUGAUAAAAUCAACAUUGAGUACACCAUCACAGUUCUUAAAGCCCGGUGUUGUAGCAAUUUUAUCUAAAAAAUGUAAGCACAGUAAAAAGCUUACAGAUUUUUUAGUAUCAAAUAAUGUUCCACAUACAGAAAUUUAUCUCGAAGAUGAUUCUGAAGCUUUAAAUUAUGUUAUGAAAGAAAAAAAUGGUAAGGUACCAUGGGUAUACGAAAAUGGGCAAUUUAUUGGAGAUGGAAAUGCAUUUAUAACACAAUAUAUAAAGUCAAAUAAUAAUGUUAAUAAACAAAUUGGAUUAUUAAGUCUUGACAGUAUCAAGCAAUGUACACUUUCUGAUAAUGGCGUAGAUCACUCUAUAAUUAACGAUUAA